CAACUGAUGGUGUAUUUUGGUAUUAUUUUCGUUUUGGUUGUUGUUGUUGCAACUGCUCUUGGUGUAGUGGUUGUUGUAAUUGUAGUACCCAUGUAAAGGAUGAUUGCUGAAUUACUUAAUUACAAUUGGAAUUAGAUUAAAAAAAAUACAUUUAAGGACUGUGGAAGAAAAAGCAGAACACAUCUGUGCUCUGACCCUACUGUAAAGCCCUCUAAUGGCUGCCCCAGCUCACCUUUUACCUACUGACUGCUGUCUGAAUUAUUGAAGGCUUUUGGCUUAAGUUCCUCUAUAGUGAUGAAGAGUGGGUCAGGGUUACCAUGCAACGGGUUCAAGGAAGGGCUAAGUUAGUGAGAUGAACACAAACCAAAGUUUUAUGAUGUUGUACAUUGAGAAAAAGAUGCAAAUAUUUAGUGGUGUGUUCUUACUUUGCUCUUUGCCAAUAUUGUCAUUUUUCUUUUGCAGAUACAGUUGCAUCAUUCUCCAUCAUGUAUGACAGCCCUCCUGUGUACAGUCCACCUUACAGCACCACUUCCCAAAACUUCUUCCCUGUGAGGAGCGUCAAUUCCCCCCAAAGCCAGUAUGCUCCGUACACCUACAGCGUCCCUCCAGACUCCUACUACAUGGAAGGAAGGCCUCAACACUUCUACCGAUGGUUUUCUCCUCCUGGCUUGGUCAAAACAUUCCAGGGCCUCACUGUGCUCCUGUGUUUCCUCAUCUUUGCCUUUGUUGCUUCAACCCUGGUCUGGGACAUGAAUGGAUUUGGGUACGGGGGUUACGGCGUCGGGAGUGCAGGAAGUGUUGCCGGCACGGGGACGGGCUAUUAUGGAGGAAGCUACGGCUACGGCGGCUCCUACAUGACGCCGCACUCUGCCAAGUCGGCCAUGAUCUCCAUGGCGGCCAUCAACUUCUUGGUGUCCCUGGGUUUCCUCAUAGCAAGUUUCUCACGGUCCAGGCUGAUGAGGGGAUGCAGUUUCUAUCUGACAGUGUUCAUCUGUGACAUCAUUCUGGCUAUACUUCAGGGAAUCAUCGACAUCAUAUUUGUGAUUGGAGUGAACCCCAUGUCUCAGAGCUCACAGAGCAUGCUCUAUAACCCCAUGCUGAUGAUGUGUCAGAACUUCCAGGGUAGCCCCAGCCUGAGUGGCAGCGUGGGACCUGGGGGGCUCCCUAUGUAUAAUCAGUACCUGAAACACUACUGCUACAUGGAUCCUGAAGAGGCUGUAGCCUUGGUGCUGGGUCUGCUGGUGGUGGUGGCCCUGUCUAUAUCUGCUUACUAUGCAUAUAAGACCCGCAGCAAGAUAUGGAGGCACGGCAAGGCUAAUAUCUACUGGGACGACCCAGUUGUCAGACCAUCAGAGGGGCAGGAUAUACAGGACUGGCAGGCACCAACUACUGUGGCAUCAGAGCAACCAGCACCUGACCUGAGGACAGAGAACAGUGUGGUCUCCUUUGACAACGCAACCGUCAGCAUCCACAGCAACGGCAACUAUAAAAGCAACUACUUCUCUGCCAACUCCAGUCACCGUGAAGGUGCUGAGCCACUGUGUCAGAAAACUGAAGUCACAGUUUACUCCAGCAGCUCCUCGGAGGAGGUGAACAGCUUCCAAAAACCCCCUCCUCCGUAUCACGUUGACAGGAAAGCGAGGAAGAAUCGGGAGCCACGCGGUGCUGCUCAGGCGGCGGUGGAGUCUCAGUAUGAAACUGGAUAUACCACAGGAGACACUGGCAAUGAGCUGGACCGGGACCACACGGAACAUCUUUACAGGUUGUACCCAGAAAUAACUUCAGAUGAACAGCGACAGCAGUACAAGAGGGAGUUCGACUCUGAUCUGUCCCACUACAAGAGUCUGUGUGCAGAGAUGGAUGACAUCAGUGACCAGAUGAACAAACUGAGCCGAGAGAUGGACACACUGGACGAAGACUCCAUCAAAUACCAGGGUGUGGCAGAAGAGUACAACCGACUCAAAGACUUUAAAAAGACACCAGAUUACCAAGCUAAGAAGAAGCAGUGCAAACAACUUCGACAAAAGAUUUUCCACAUCAAACGUUUGGUAAAAAUCUACGACGAAGGCAUGUGUUAAUGAUUCUCAGUACAGACAGAGCUGGACGUUGACAUUAUUUUCUGCUGUAUAUACCACAACAGUCUGACAGUAUUGGACAGUGUUGUUUACUCUGGAAUUACUUUGUCUAAACUACUGCAUUUCAGAAAGAAAAUAAUAAUUGUUAGAAAUCACUGUCCUGUUUUAUCGUUUGAUUUGACCUGUGUAUAAACUGAUACAUCAUGAAACACACAUCUGAUGAAGCUAACUGACUAUACAGUAUGUAGUCUUUGGUUGAGCAAAUAUAAUGUGUUCACAUUUGUUGUCAUACUUGGUUUUGCAUUUUUUUUGUUUUAUGUGUAGAAAAUAUUUUAUUUUUAUCAUUUAUAGAAGGAGCAUUUUUACAAGAUGAUUUUAUCAAUGUACAUAAGAAUGUAAUGCAAUUACAAUACACAUUUUAAAAUAAUUUUCAAGUGGAGUAUGUGGACUGUGUGAUUUAUCUGCGUGAUAAUGAAUUUUUCUCCCAAAAAAAAACAACACAAAUGAAAGAAGACAGAUCCAUCCACUCACUCGCCUACUAGUUCCUACACGGAAUUUGCUUGAAUGCCGUACAUCAGAUUGAUAGAAGACUUUGUUAAUGAAUUUAUAGGAGAUGGUGACGGAGAUGGAAACACUGUAGGUUGAGGACGUCGUUUAAAUAUGAGUACACUCGUACAUGUUGCACUGUUUAUUUGGCAUUUUUCAUACAGAUGUUAGAACAACACUUCAAGUAAUCUGAAAAAAAAAACAUAAGACACAUCUGACUUUAGAACUUUUUUCUCAUACAUUUCCAUAAACAUGAAAUCAGUAACACAAAGAAAACAACAAGAGUAUAUAUUUUUUUCCUCUUCUCCAUAUUUGGUGAGCGUUUGUCAUAGAGAAGAAAUUCCCAAUAGGCCGGCGGCAGACAAAGCAGAUUUUUUCAAAUGUAAAUGUUGAAAUGCAUUUGUGUUUAGAGUUGAUUUUUGUGGAAACCAACUUGAUCUGUGAAUUUUGUGGACUUGCCAUUUGAGGUGAAUCCCUGGAGGUAGGGAAACCAGGAGCCUCUGAGUCUUUGAUCACGAACACGAACUAAUUUUGGUGUGGUUGAAUUUCAUCCAAGUGCAUUUUCAUUUACUAAAAUGUGGUGUAAAAUCACUUACUAGAGUAGAGACAUCUCUACGUCACAGCUGCAGCAAAAGCACGAAGAUCAGCUUGUGUUUGCACAUCUUAAACAGAUGACAGAGGUAUUUUUUCCAUAGAAAUACAGAUAGAAAAAAAGGUUUAGGAAAUAACAGAGAGGAAUCACUUUAAAAAGAACCAUUACUUAAUGUGAAAGAAGGAAACUUAGCAACAUUUUCACAUGCAAAGGACAAACGGUUGACUGUUUAAUAUUUAUAUAUUUAUAUAUAUACACACAAUGCAUUUUUCAGAGGAUGUUUGAGCAGAGGCUGCUGUCAAAAAAAACUAAUCACUGACCAAAUUUGCUCAUUACUGUAAAGAUGACAUUUUACAAAAACGCCGACUCAAACAACUUUUUUUCCUUUAUCUUAAUCUUCCCCAUAGUCCGUCAAUCAAAAUUAAACAAAAACUGAUACCCCCCCCAAAAAAACCCAAACCAGAUGAAUGUUUUCAACACUCACAAGACACAGUUGACCAUUCAUUUAGAUUUUAUGAAAUUUAUAGCGAGCACAAAGGCAGUUGAAAAAGGCGGUUUCUGGUGAAGGACAUGUACAGAGGUUUGCGUUUAGGAAUUAUCAGAUUAAAGCAUUCUGAUGUCGUGAGGUAUACGUCACCCUGGCUUUUUCACUUCUUAGAAAUCUUAGAGUCGAGUGUCAGUGAACUGUUAGUGAAACUAUAAGUGUUGUUGACUCGACUCCUUUCUUCUACGUCAGGUACUAACUGUGUUUUAAAGAAGUCAUCAGAAGAUGAAGUGACAGACUUUGGUGAGAUUUUCUUGUUUUUUUCUUUCUUUUUUCCUUUAGAGCAGUUCAUUGGCGUCGUCCUCCACUGUUGAGGUAAGAGCAGUAAAAGUCAAAAUUGUCUUUUCCUACAAAGAGGCCCUCACUGUCGUUAUAUUCAGUUCACGCUGCACAGCUCGUUCUUAUAGGCAUGGUCAAAAUGUUGUUGGUUGUGUGAUAUAGUGUCACAAAUGCUGAGUCAUGGAGAAUUGUGUCCAGGGAGGAAAAAAAGAA